AUGGGACCGAAGGAUGAGAACCCACCGCCGCCGUGUCCUCCUCCUCCUCCUCCUCCUGGGUUUUGGGCGCAGUUGGACGCGCAGGAGGAACAGCGCGAGCGUAAUCAUAAUCAUCGUCAUCGUCAUCGUCGAAGAAGUCGCGAAGAAUUCUCGUCGUCGUCUGUGUCGUCUUUGUCGCCGUCGAGGAGGAACGACGACGACGAUAAAGACGCGCUUUCGGAAGCAAACGACGAAGACGAGGAAGGGAUGAAAAAGAAAACCACGAAAGAGGACGACAACAAGAACAACGAAUUAGUAAACAAAGAAGAGAAAACGAACGAGGAAGUCUUCUCUCGAUUUCUGGAAGACGCGGCGAACGCGCAGGAGAAAGAUUACCGAAACUCCAUGCGAGUUGGAAGUUCGAAGAGCAUGAGAGAGUUGGCGAGGUACGACGCGGCGCAGAACAUGGAGAGGAGGAGGAGGAAAGAGAGAGGAGAGGAAAACGACGAAGACGACGACGAGGAAGACGACGACGACGAAGACGAAAGAUGGGUCGAAACGGAAAAUCUGCGAAGCGCGAGUCGGAUGAUGAAUACGAACAGCACGAAUACGAACAACGGGAGUAAAUACGAAGAAGAAGACGGCGGUUUGAAUUUGGCCGGGAAGCACCAAUCCAGCUUCGCGGACUUGAAUUAUAACAGUUCCGGAUCGGAUUUUGCGAGAGGUGGCCAAGCGGCGCCGGAAAUUUAUAGGAGUUUGAUUACGAAGAGGCGAGAGAUGGAGGAGGAGGAAGAGGAAGAGGAGGAGGAACAACGACGCAAAAGCGACGCGUAUUUUUCGAAGCAUUUCAAUAGUCAUCCAUACUCUCUCGCCGGGGGUGGUACCACCGGUCACCAUUUCAAUAGCAUCGGGUUAGGUUUCGGGGGAAGCGCGAGAGAAUUAGAGCGACAGAGACAGUCGCAAAUAUUGAUUUUGCAGCGACAAAAACAGAAACAACGAUCCUUGGAGAGUUACGACGAUUUGAAAAACGCAAAGGAAGACACGAAAUUUUUCUCUCGGCAAAGUUACACGGAAUCUGAUUUUGAAGACGACGACGACGACGACGACAACUUUGAUAAAUACGAGGACAAGGAGGAAGAAGAAGACGACGAUGACGACGACGAGUUAGAUGAUAGUCGUUCGUACGGAGAUCCGGAAAUUAGACCAAUGCACGCGACGAUGACGACGACGAUAACAAACGGAUCCGCGGCAUCGGUCGCAUCGCCGCCAGUCACGAGACUUUUACACGAGCAGCAUCAGUACCCUUCCUGGGUCUCAGAAUCUGGACCAGAUGGCGGACGAUCUACGCCAGGAACACCUCGUGCCUCCUCCACGAACAAGCAAAAAGAUUCAACGACGAAUAACGAGUCCUCGACGACGGGAACGAGACUGUCGAAUCGGUUUUCCAACGGCAAUCACUCAACAGUUCCAACCGCGCCAACAUCAACGACGCAAAAGAAUUUCCACGGCGAGGUCGUGUCAAAUAUGAAUAGCGACCGUGUGAACAACGUUGAAGCGUUAUUCUCGCCGAAUAAUAAGAAUAUUACCAUGACCACCAAUAGCGAGAAAACAAAAGCAAAAUUUGCCGCGCUAACGAUCGAUCCUUCUCGGAAACCGGCGUCGACGACGACACCUGCGACAACAAAGCGUUCCUAUUUAUCUUCGGACUCAUCAAGCGUGCGCAAGAGCAUUCUCGAACACUACGACUACACGUUGGCGCGUCGUCGCUAUAAGAUGGACGCAGUUUCCGUGUACGAAGCGUGUGCGCUUUCUCUGCGAGAUCGCCUCGUAGAGAGAUGGUCGGACACGCAGCAAUUUUACGCCUCGAGCGAAGAAUGUAAAGACCUGAAAAUGGUAUAUUACAUGAGUUUAGAAUUCUUAGUCGGUCGGUCGUUGGGUAACGCUGCCUCUAAUCUAGGUUUGCGAAUGCCAUACGCGGACGCUUUGAGAACGCUCGGCCACGAGUUGGAAGAUAUCGCGCAACGCGAAAAAGAACCGGCCUUAGGUAACGGUGGUUUAGGUAGAUUAGCGAGUUGCUUUCUCGAUUCGUUAGCGACGCAAAAUUAUCCUGGCUGGGGUUAUGGCAUUAGAUACAAGUACGGCAUGUUCGAACAAGCGUUGAUUGACGGGAAACAAGUCGAAUUGCCGGAUUAUUGGCUCACGAGCGGAAAUCCGUGGGAAGUAGAGCGGUUGGACGUGACGUACAAAGUUCGAUUUUACGGUCGUAGCGUGCAGUAUACGAGGAAACGAAAAGUAUCUUUGAAUAAGAUGGCGGCGAGUCAACGCAUGAAAACCAUUCGCGAAAAUCCCGAAAAGGAAAAUUUCGGAAACGUACCUCCUCCUCACGACGCAUCGAACGGCGAGUCUCGAGCGAAUAAUGAUGCAUAUCCUCCUUCUCCACCAACAUCGAAAAAAGAAAUCGAUGAAACUGAAACGCGAUUCUCGUGGGAAGGUGGCGAGAUUGUGGUCGCCGUCGCGUACGAUACGCCAGUGCCUGGAUACGGAACGUAUAACGCGAACAACAUGCGCCUCUGGAGUUCAAAACCUUCGCACGAAUUCGAUUUAAAGUCUUUCAAUGCCGGCGAUUACAUAGCUGCAAUCGAGCAGAAAGAACGUGGGGAGAGCAUUUCCAGCGUUUUAUACCCGAACGACGAUACGCACGUUGGUAAAGAGCUUCGCUUAAAGCAGCAGUUUUUCUUUUGUUCGGCGACGUUGCAGGAUAUUUUGCACCAAUUUAAAAAAUCCGCCGCGAGGUACAACAACAGCGUCAUGAAAGCGUACGCCGCCGACAAUGCUAACGCGGAGAUAAAAAGUCCGUCAUCAACGAGUAGCGGUAACAACAACACCAACGUCAUUCCAGGACUUCGAACUUUGAAAGAUUUGCCUAAGCGCGUCGCUAUUCAGCUCAACGACACGCACCCGGCGAUUGGCGUUCCAGAGUUUAUGCGUCUACUUUUAGACGAAGAGUUGCUUUGCUGGGAGGACGCGUGGAACAUCACAAAGAACGUCUUCAGUUAUACGAAUCACACGAUCAUGACUGAAGCCAUGGAAAAAUGGCCAGUGCCGAUGUUGAGCGAGCUUUUGCCUCGCCACGCGGAGAUCAUUUUUGAAAUUAACCACCGAUUUUUGGAAAGUGUUCGUAAGAAAUGGCCGGGCGACGAACAAAAAGUACGCAGGAUGUCCAUUGUGGAAGAGUCUGAACCAAAAAUGUUUCGAAUGGCAAAUUUAGCCGUCAUCGGCUCUCACACCGUCAAUGGUGUUGCCGAGAUGCACACAAACUUAGUCAAGACGAUUUUGUUUGCUGAUUUUUGCGAGUUAGGGGAUACUAAGUUUCGAAACGUCACGAACGGCGUCACGCCUCGACGAUGGAUAUUACAAGCGAACCCGAAGCUCGCAAAAAUGUAUACCGAUCUCGCCGGACCAGGGUGGGUAAACGACAUGAAGCGGCUCGAAGCGCUGCAAUCAUUUUGCGAUGACGAUGAUUUCUGCGAAAGAUUUCGAGCCAUUAAGAAACAAAACAAAAGACGCGUGGCAUCGUUCUUGGAACAAACCUGCAGAUUAAAUUACAAAAUCGCACCGAACGCGUUGUUUGACAUGCAAAUCAAACGCAUCCACGAAUAUAAACGUCAACUUUUGAAUGUUCUGGGUAUUAUUCACCGAUUUGACGCCGUCUUACGCGCGACGCCUCAGGAGCGAGCGAAAAUCGUGCCUCGAGUUUUCAUCAUUGCCGGGAAAGCUGCGCCGGGAUACGAUACCGCGCGGUUGAUUAUUCAACUCGCGUGCGCCGUCGCGAAAGUAGUGAACGAAACGCCUGAAUGCGCUGGAGUUUUAACUGUAUGUUUUGUCCCUAACUUUAACGUUUCCAUCGCAGAGUUGUUGAUUCCAGCGAGCGAUGUUAGCCAGCACAUUUCAUUAGCCGGGACGGAAGCUUCCGGCACCGGAAAUAUGAAAUUUGCCAUGAACGGUGGUUUAAUCGUAGGCACGCGCGACGGCGCGAACGUCGAAAUUGCAAGAGCUAUUGGUAGCGAUAACAUCUUCCAAUUUGGCGCGACCGUGGAUGAAGUCAAGAGCUUAAAGAAGACCGCGAAUACGCGAAAUCCAGCGCCCGACGAACGAUUGGCGAACGUUUGCGCAAUCAUACACUCGGGUAUUUUCGGCGACGCCAAGAAACUCGGCUUUAACCGUUUGUGCUCGAGCACGUUGACGCCGACGACGGAUUUGUACCUCUGUGGCCACGAUUUUGCGUCCUAUUUAGACGCACAGGCGCGAGCGGACGAGGUUUACCUCGACGAACAUUUGUGGACGAGGAAGAGCGUUUUGAGCGCUCUGCGAAUGGCAAAAUUUUCCACCGAUCGAACAAUCAAAGAAUACGCCGAGAAGAUCUGGAACGUCGAGGCGAAGGCGUUUUUACCGCAGCACGUGAAAGAAAGACUAAAAGUAGGACGCAAGUAG